AUGUCACUUUUUGGGGCGCCCUGAAAACUUCAGAGUGUAUAUAGACGCCCUGCAGAUUUUAAACACCCCCUUUUUUUAAAUGACCCUGUACACUUAUUGAAGUGUAUAAGGAACAAUUGGAUCAAUCAGCGAAAUGCUGGAACAUGCAUGUUCUUUCCUAGCCCCACAGGAACUAGCGAAAAACCACCAAUAAAUACAGCUUCAUUUAGGGCUCUUCGAGAGCUUCACUCAAAAGAACAGAGUCAGCUGAUUAAAUCUGCACCAACGCUUACAACAAAAGCUCUCAAUACAUCGAACAUUGAGCGCCAAAAUGCCAUGCUUGCACUUAAAAUUUUGAACUUCUCUACAGCGGCAGCUCUUUGAACGUGUGGGCCCAGACUUUAACUCGAGCAUGAGGUUGGCAUAGCAGAGUUCUUAGAAUUAAUAACGAGGUGGCGGAGCAUUGUAAAUGUAAAGACAUGCAACAAGGGCAUUCGGCUUCGUGACGAGCUGCAGUCAACGAUUACCUCAGUAACAAGUCCUCAGGUCCCGUUUUUGUUGAGUGUAGCGAAGUGGCUAGAUCUGCGGCAGUCUCUCAAGUUUGACACAUGCAUACUUACAAGGGAGACGCACAGUGCCCUCCGUCUCACGACAGGCACCUUAUUAAAUGGGACUAAAUAUUGCUUAGCGGAAAUGCACUUAGGCUAUGUGCUGUUAGGAAAGUUUCAGAUGGAUUUUUUGGAAGAGAGGUUUGGCAAGUUUCGCCAACUCUACGGUGCGCAAUACCACAUAUUCAUUAGUCAAGUGUAUGAGUCUGAGCGAAAACUUCGUCUGGAAAUUUUUUUGGAGCUCUCAGAAAUGGAAGCUGCAACAGCUGCAGUGGCAGUAAAUGAUGAUGUGCUCGGAAACUUUGAAAUUGAGGUUGCGGACUCUGACUUUGACAAGAAGGCACCGAAUCUCUAUGCAACCACCUACCUUGCUGGUUACUGUGCCCACGCUGCGUUAAAAAAAAUUGCAUGCAUGGCUUGCAAAGGAAAUUUGAUGCUAGAAGACAACAUUGAGGUUGAAGGUAGAGAAUUGGUGCAGGCCAUGAACCGUGGCAGCCUCAACUUUCCUCAGCCUGCAAUUCGCCUCGAGAUCUUUGCACGAAUAAUAAACGCUGUUCUUACAGCAGAAGUAGUUCUAGACAAACUUAGUAGUGAACAGCAUGCAACACAAUCUCAUACUCUGCCAAAUCAAAAAAAGGCUCUUUUGGCACUCACACAUGAUUUAAUAAUUGACAGCAUCGAUUUCGAUUUGUGUGAGAAUGGACACACGCCGCGAGUGGUAUUGCACCAUGUCCUAUGUGCAGCAGCUAACACCUUAAAAAACUUUUGCAAGAGAAAAAAUGAUCAACUUGUAGCUGAAAAGACUCUGAACGUCCGGUACGAGGGCAAGGCGGCGCACGGCUCCAACUCUCCCUGGAAAGGUUUAAACGCCCAGGAUGCCGCGGUCGCCGCCUACAUCAAUUUGUCCAUGCUGCGGCAGCACACCAAGCCAGCAGACAGGAUACUUGGCGUGGUGAAGCAGUUCGGCGUGCGACCAAACGUCAUCUCAGAGACCAGCAAGCUGCUCUACCACAUCCGGGCGCCCAGCGAUGAUGAGAAGAACGUGCUCGUUGCGCGAGCAACGAAGUGCUUCCAGGCGGCCGCACUGGCCACGGGUUGCGAGAUCGACCUCGAGAAGGGCGUGGAGUACAAGGAGCUCAUCCACAACGAAGCCCUCGUUGAGACCUACAAGAAACACGGUGAGGCUCUUGGUAUGUCAUUCGCGGACGCUGCACCGGGCGUCAACAUCAGCGCCGGCGUGUCCACGGACGCCGGAAUGUUUCGUACGUGCUUCCCACGAUGCACCCAAGCUUCGACAUCGGCGGCGGCUCUGCGAUGCCCCACACGAGGGCGUUCGCCGAGGCAGCGGCGACCGAGGGUGCGCACCUAGCAGCGCUGCGCGUCGCCAAGGCCCUUGCGCUCACCGCGCUCGACCUCAUGUCGGACCCCGAACUCAUGGCGCGGGCUCAGAGCGACUUCAAGGCUUGGAAGGAAAGCCGUGCGUCGCCCAAGUGAACGCUUCGCUACUGCCACGCUCGUGUGCGCCUUGUACACGCCUGGUGUCUAUCUCCGCUUUCGGCUAACACUCUUAGCUGUCGCCGUCCAAUAGCUGGUUUCUGGCCAUUCACUGGAGUGGCAGGCGAGCGUUGGAAAAGUUAACAAGGACAGAACGUGUGCAUGAACCCGCCCUACUUACCACCACACCGUUUAUGACGUGGGCGUACCGAGCCGUGGGCACACCGAGCCGUGGGCACACCGAGCCAAAAUGGUCGCUUACAAAGAAACGGCCGCCGCAGGAGCACUAGCAUUCAUUCAUUCAUUCAUUCAUUCAUUCAUUCAUUCAUUCAUUCAUUCAUUCAUUCAUUCAUUCGUGACCAGCUAUAAAGCAUUACAGUGCUAAAUGUAACUACCAUACUAAUUAUAGACAUCAUCGU